UUGAAACCGAUUAACUGUUUCGAACGAAGUGGAACUUCGAUCGUUGCAUGACGAUGAGGCUGAAAAUGCUUAAAAAUGUCAAGAUUUAUUUAAUUAACGAGAUUUUAACUAUCGAGAUUUUAAUCUACUAGCAUUAAUAAUUUUUGUUUUAUAGAGAAUAUUUCAGUAUUAAUCAUGGAAUUUAAUAUAAAGGUUAUUAAUUUAACCUCGAAUGUCACAUGCCAUGGUACAUAAAGGUAAACGUCUUACUAAAAAUUGAACCGGUAUCAAGUAUGUUUACUAUUAGUUUGAUAACAUUGGAUAGCUAUCAAUCUUCACCAUUAUCAGGAUUAGACAUAACAUUUUCGGAUUUUCGUGGAACAGAAAUUAAACAUGUACCAGUUAUUAGAAUAUUUGGGUCCACUCCAUCUGGUAUAAAAACAUGUUUGCAUGUACAUGGGGUAUUUCCAUACAUUUAUGUACCCUGUAUAAUAGAAGAAAACAUUGAUAGUUAUAUGUAUAAAUUAGCCUCAGCAAUAGAUACUGCAAUUAAUGUAUCUUUAGGAUCAACAUCAUCGAAAAAUCAACAUGUUUAUAAAAUCCAACAAGUUUCUGGAAUUCCACUCUAUGGAUAUCAUGAAAAGGAACAUUUGUUUUUUAAAAUAUAUUUCUAUAAUCCAGCAAUGGUUAAACGAGCAGCUGAUUUAUUACAAAAUGGCACAAUACUUAGUCAAUCUCUACAACCGCAUGAAGCUCAUAUCCCUUUCAUAUUACAAUUUAUGAUAGAUUAUAAUCUUUAUGGUAUGAGCUUAAUAAAAUUGAAAGAUGUUAAACAUAGGAAAUAUAGAACAAUAGAAUUAAAGGACAACUCUCAAAAUGAAAGUCCUUCUAAUUCAUUUCAUUCUCUAGUAUACCUUCCUGAAUCUAUUACUAGACAAAGUACAUGUAAAUUAGAAGUAGAUGCACAAGCAACUGAAAUACUGAAUAUAGAAGAAAUUAGAAAUGGUUCAGAUUUGAAUCCUGGUAUUGCAGCAAUUUGGAAUAAUGAAAAGAAUAGAAGGGAAGCCAAAGGUUUACAGCAACCUGAAUCACAAUUACUGCAUUCAAAUACAAAUGAUAGAAUUUAUGAUCCGACUGAUAACGAUAUUUAUCAAGAAAAAAGAUUGAUACAAAGACUACAAACUAUUUCCAAGAUGAGUAACACAACAGCAUCAGUAACACCAAGUGCACUUAGUUAUCCAUUAGAAGUAGAAAAUGAAAAUAAUAUCCUUAAUGCCUCAGGUGUAUCAAAUCAUUUUGAAUUACACUCACUAAAUGAAAAAAAUAAAAAUGAAGUACCAGUGAGCAAUGAAUCAUUAAAUAUUGAGGAACUUCAUUUAUCAAAACAAACUUUAUCACAAGAUAAAACUAUAGAUAGUGUUUUGGAUAUAGAUGAUAUGGAGUUAAUUGACAUGCUAGGUGACUUAGCAGAAACAAACGAAGAAGAUAUCACUAUAGACAAUGAUAGUGUGUUAGCAUCUCAGUAUUCAGUAUUAAAUAAUGAACUAAAAGAAGAUAUUGAAGAUGAUGAAAUUGAAGAUUUAAACAUUACAAGCUUAGAUUUAGAUCACCUUAGUUCAUGGAAUACAAUUUCUGAAGCUGCUAGUCAAUUAAGUACAACUGAAAUUGAAAAUAGGAAUGAAAAAUCUAAUAUGCUUGAAAAUGAUGUUGAAGAUAUAUCUUUGUUAAAUUUUCCACAAUAUGAUGGUCCUAAUGACUUAAUUUUUGAAAGCAGAAGACAGCUAAUGAAAAAAUCUGUAGCUGAUAUAACAAAAAUACGAAGAAAUUCAGCUCGUAAAUUAGAAAAAAAAACUAUCAUACAUUUAUUUCAUAAAUAUAUAACGUUAAAUCGUUUGAACUUCCGUAAAAUACAGCAGUUUGAUGAUGUAUUGCAAAAAGCAAUAAUAAUGUUUCAAUUUAACUCCAAUGAAGUAUCAGAUGUAAGGAAAAGAUUGGAUCAAAUUUUAUUGGAAUGUUCUCUUCCAAAAUUAAUUGCAUUUAAUACAAUACAUAAUACAUUAUUUAGUAAUAUUGUGUACAGUUUUCCAAUACACGUUAAUUUUUUUAAGAAACAAAUAUGUGGUUUUAAGAAUGCAGAAAAAAGAUCUACACAUAUUAUUAGAGAGAAUUUAUUACAUCUACGUUCUAAGAAAAUGUUAAAUAUAAAUGAAUGGGACCAUCAAGAUUUAGAUGUAUAUGAUAUGGACGAUAUAGAUUGUACAUCAUUAAUUAAUGAUUUAAAUUUAAAAAAUAUAACUGAUUAUAAUGAAUCACAUUCCAUAGUUCACAAUUUUUCAAUGAGAAUAAAAAUACCGCCAUUUGAUGGUAACACAGUAGACAGUUCUAGUGAUUCUGAUUUGGAUUCAGAUAUUUCUACCAACAGACAAGAGAAACGUAUUUGCAUUUACAAGUCAUGCACAAAAACUAAAACUGAAGAAAAUGUUAUAAAUAUUGCAACGAAAAAACGGAAGCUGGAAUUCGAAGACUUGAAUUUGAAAUCUCCGAAACUACGUAACAUGAUUUCGGAUACGUCACAGAGUGAAUUGUAUUAUACUCCAGUUAAAGCAAAAGGUUUGCAAAGUCCUCGUUCUGUAGGGAAAUAUUCACCCCUUAAUAUAACAAUAAUGUCUCCAAAAGCAAAAGAAUAUUUUGAAAAACAAAAUGUUCCAAGUGAUGGACAGUGCAGUUCGAAAUCUUUGAUUAAUACACCAAAGCGAAACAGGGAUCAAUUGAGAAUGAGUGUACUGCGUGAGAAAAUUUAUAGUUCAUCAUCUAAAGUAGAACAAGUGCAUCUUACUGAAAAUAAUAUUGAAACUAUCAAAGAGUCUACUGGUUUAGAUUGUAUAGAAGAUAAUUCAGUAAAGACAGAGCAUAAAAAACAUAUUACUCCUAAAAGUAAUAAAGAGGUUCGUAAACGACUGAGUUUUGUCAAUACUAAUAAUAAAGAAAUUGAUUCUGUAAAAGAUAAUAUUGACGAAAAUUCUGAACAUUUGUCUUUAGCAGAAAAAAUUACGAAUAAGUCGUAUGAAAACACUGAUUUUCCUAUUGUUCCUAUGACAAACUUCAUUUACAAUAAAAGUUUUAUUGAAACUUGCACGAGAAACAAUGAGGAAGUAAAUUAUGAAGAUGAUUUAUCAAAUAAGGUACUACAAAAAGAUGAGAGAGAAAAUAUUGAAAAUGAUGAAAAUAUUUGUAAUAUGACAUAUACUCAACUACUUAGUAAAAAAUUAGAAUCUGCAGCAGACAAUUUGAACCUCCUCUCAUCAGAAUCUACAAGCAAUAUUACAACAGACAAAUUAAUUACUAUUACAACAAAAUUUAAUCCACCAACUAGAGAAAGAAUUAUUAAUACCAUAAUAACAUAUAAUAUUACAAGAUCAAAUGGAGCAUUUUUUAGUAAUAAAACUGAUCUUCUAAAGUAUAAAGAGAAUUCUAUAAAAAAUAACAAUAUUAAUGAUGUGAUUCCCUUCAAGUCUACUUUAGAUAGAGUCACUGGUAUUAAACUUUGGCGUAGAGUGAAAAUAAAUGAAUUUUAUCCUUCUGGAUCUAACAUAAAGUCCUGUGACAUAAAAAGAGUUCUCACAGAACAUAAUUUAAUAGUGAUUCAACCUCUUAUUAAACCACCACUUCUAAGGAGUGUUAGAACUUGGUUACAAGCUAAAAAAUAUUUACUAAAAAAGAAUAAUAAAAAUAUUGAAAUAAAGAGAAAUUUAGAUGUUGUAAAAGUUAUGGAAAAUGGAGAAGAAAAUGUACUAAAUGAUGACUCUGAUAGAAAAUUAUAUGAAUUCAGUAAUCCUGAAGCUGAUAAUAUUGAACAUCCAAAAAAACAGUCACAAAUUUCUGAUACUUCAUACCAUUCGAGUAAGUCUAAUGAUAGUCUCAACCCUUCUUUACAAAAAAUGCUUGAAAAUCCUUUAUUACAUAAAAAUGAUGACACACAGCAUUUGGGAAUUUCAUAUGGUCAGAUUGAGUAUUCUGUGAAAGAACAUAGUGGUAAUGUCGCAGAUGAAAAUUUUCGGAAUGCUAGAGGUCAAUUUAUGCAUCAGUAUUUAACAGUAUUGUCAUUGGAAAUACAUGUCAUAACACGUGGUAAACUACUUCCUGACCCAGAACAUGAUCCAAUUGAAGCAAUAUUCUAUGCUAUUUACAAUGAUAUUCCAUUAUCUUCGGACACUGAACAAAUAGUACAUGGGGCUAUUGUUGUAAAUUCUUCUAUGGAAAAUUCAAAAAUAAAAAAUAUUUAUUCAACUAGUGCAAUGUGCACAACAUCGUAUGUAUCAAGUGAAAAAGAUUUACUGAAUAGCCUGAUAAUAUUACUCAGACAUUGUGAUCCAGAUAUUUUAAUUGGUUGGGAGAUAGAAUCUCAUUCAUGGGGUUACAUUUUACACAGAGCCGUCCACAUAGGUUUUAAUAAUCUUGUAUGGCAAAUUUCAAGAAUUUCAAAUGCUAUUCCAACCUUGUUGAAGGAACAGACAUCAGAUAAAGACAACUUUAAUGACAUAAAGAUACCAGGUCGAAUUGUUCUUGAUGUAUGGAGAAUAAUGCGACACGAAAUAGCACUAUUGAAUUAUACAUUUGAAAAUGUUAUGUACCAUGUUCUACGGGAAAGAAUUUCUUGUCCUACUUUUCAACAUUUAACCGAUUGGUGGAAGUAUAAUAAUGUAACAGUACAAUGGAAAGUUAUCUCUCAUUAUGUUAUAAGGGUUGUUGGCACGCUGAGAAUACUAAUACAUCUUGAUGUAAUUGGAAGGACUUGUGAACUUGCACGACUAUUCGGAAUACAAUUUUAUGAAGUAUUUUCUCGGGGUUCUCAAUUCCGUGUUGAAUCGAUGAUGUUGAGACUUGCAAAACCUUUAAAUUAUAUUCCCAUUUCACCAUCUGUACAACAAAGAGCCAAAAUGCGAGCACCUGAAUCUUUGCCUCUUAUUAUGGAACCACAAUCUAUAUUCUAUACCGAUCCUCUGAUUGUUUUAGACUUUCAGAGUUUAUACCCAAGUAUUAUUAUUGCUUACAAUUAUUGUUUCUCUACAUGUUUAGGUCGAAUAGAACAUGUUGGCCAGCAUGAACCAUUUGAAUUUGGUGCAGCUACAUUAAAAGUAAAAGCAAGUACUAUUAAAAAGAUACAAAAUAAAAUAAAUUUUGCGCCGUGCGGCGUAUCCUAUGUAAAACCAGAAGUACGUCUUGGCAUAUUACCACGUAUGCUCACUGAAAUUUUAAAUACACGAUUAAUGGUGAAACAGUCUAUGAAACUUCAUGAAAGUGGGAAUCGUGUACUACAACGAAUGCUUCACUCGCAACAAUUGGGUCUUAAAUUAAUUGCAAACGUUACAUACGGUUAUACAUCUGCUAAUUUUAGUGGAAGAAUGCCCUGCAUUGAAGUUGGAGAUAGUGUUGUUAGCAAAGGAAGAGAAACACUGGAAAGAGCAAUUAAAAUUGUAGAAUCGACGCCGAAAUGGGGAGCACAAGUUGUUUAUGGUGACACAGAUUCGUUGUUCAUCCUUUUGCCUGGAAAAUCAAAAAAUGAUGCAUUUACUAUUGGAGCUGAAAUUGCUGAUACAGUUACUGCGGCCAAUCCUCCUCCAGUAAAACUGAAAUUUGAGAAAGUUUUACAGCCAUCAAUACUACAAACUAAGAAAAGAUAUUGUGGUUACAUGUACGAGUCUCCUGAUCAAGAGAAACCUGAAUUCUUAGCUAAAGGUAUUGAGACUGUCCGUAGAGAUGGUUGUCCAGCUGCAGCUAAAAUACUUGAAAAGUCAUUGAAGAUUUUGUUCGAUACUAAAGAUCUUUCCUUAUUAAAGCUGUACGUUACCAGACAGUUUGACAAAAUUCUACGGAGGAAAAUAUCCAUACAAGAAUUGACUUUUGCAAAGGAAUUCCGUGGUUUACAAGGUUACAAACCUAACGCUUGUGUUCCCGCGCUAGAAUUAACGCGACGAUUAAUGCGCAAAGAUCCUCGAGCAAUACCCCGUACCGGUGAACGAGUACGUUACGUGAUAGUAGCAGGAGCACCAAACCAACCACUCAUUCAGUGUGUACGAACUCCAAUGGAAGUGAUUUUAGAUGAAGGUUUAAGUCCAAAUUCUAUGUAUUAUGUAACAAAGGUUAUCAUACCACCCCUUAAUCGGUGUUUAAACCUAAUUGGGAUCGAUGUCAAUACGUGGUAUAGGGAAAUGUCUCACCGACAGACACCUGACAAAGCAAUCAAUUUGUUGACCGACAAUCAGAAACAAACCAUUCGACAAUUUUUCAGUACAGCUAUAUGCGCUGUUUGCGGAGGUCAAUCGCAGAAAGAUGUCUGUACAAAUUGUAUGGCAAAUCCGAAUCAAGCGGUUAUCAUUUUACAUGAAAAAACCAGGUGGCUGGAACGUACUCAUUCUAAACUUACCACGAUUUGCCAAUCCUGUACCGGUUAUUUGGACGAUGUAAAAUGCGAGUCUUUGGACUGUCCAGUUCUGUAUCGUUCAGUUCAAGCUCGAAGAGACCUGAUUCAGAUACCAUAUUUAAACAAUAUCAUUUCCAACCGUGAUAUUUUUCAUACAGAAAAAGGAAACACGUAGUAGAGAUUUUUAUUCUUCCUUGUGUUUGAGACUAUUGUAUUUUUAGAAUUAUGGUAAAAAAUUAUUUUUAUACUACAGAAAAAUAAAGAAUAUACCUUCUG